AUGGGCCCGAAGCGUUCCAAGAAUCAGAUAAGGCGAGAGAAAGCCAAGCUUCGAAAGCUAGCGCCCGAUAGCAAAGAGCAUGAACCUACCAAGGAAGUGGCCCCGCAGAAUGUUGAAGAGCCUUCCAUUUCCACACAGUCACAACAGCCACAAGAUGGUGGAACGAAGGAUGAACAUGACGAGAAAGAACAAACAAUAGAUUCUGGCUUAGCUUCUGAAUUUACUCAAAUUUUCAAAAAAUUCGAUUCGCCCACAGUAAAUACCCCCGGGACCAAAUCCUCUAUGUCGCUCAUCACAAAAGAACUGGAGCUGGAUACUCUGUCAGAGAGCGACGAUGACGAACAGAACGGGUCGGCAAAAACGAUGUCGAGAUCUCAAAGAAAGGAAUUGAGUCGUGUGCCUAUGUCAGAACUCAAGGCGUCUAUCUCUAAGCCACAAACUGUGGAAUGGUUCGACUCCAAUGCUCCUGAUCCAUACUUGGUGGUGCUGCUACGGACAAGAAUAAAUCAUGUAGAUGUUCCUGGUCACUGGCAACAAAAGAAAGACUACUUGUCUGCCAAAAGGGGUACCAAUAAACCCCAGUAUACUCUCCCAAAAUUCAUUAGAGAUACAGGUAUCUCUGAAAUGCGGAAUCAUGAUCCCGAAUCUUUGAAGAAGCUGCAAAGAGACAGAGUACAACCCAAAAUGAACAAACUAGAUAUUGAUUAUCAGCGCCUUUUCGAUGCUUUUUUUAAGCAUCAAUCGAAGCCAAGACUACUAGCCUUUGGUGAGCUUUACAGCGAAGGAAAAGAAAAAACAGACAAAUACAGACAGGAAAUUACCGACAUUAAGCCAGGUAAGAUUUCCAAGGAACUCAGAGCUGCUAUAGGGAUGCCCGAAAAUGAAUCUGGCGUUCCCCCAUGGAUCACUUUGAUGCAAGAGCUUGGCAAACCACCCUCUUAUAGGCUGUACAUCAUACCUGGUGUUGACACGGAGUAUAAAAACACUGGCUAUACAUUGCCAAAUUCUGUAAGCACAUCCGUGUUCAACAACAAUGGUGAUGUUUGGGGUCUCAUUGAAGAAGGCGAGGAGACUGGCCCAGAGACAGAUCUGAGUGAUGAAGAUGACGAUGACGAUGAUGCUGUAGCAGAAGACCCAGAUUUGGGAGUGGACAGCGAUAAUGGUGAGGUAGAAGAGGAAAAGCCCCAGAGAGUUGAAAUCACGGAAUUUUCUGGAGCUAAGUCCACGUUAAAUGAGGGUGUCCUGGAUAAAGUAAAGAAGAUUGGCGAAUUGUUCACAGUUAUCAAAGAAAAAACUGUGAAUGGCGGAGACGGGUUAGUGUCCAGUAACUUAGCAUACGAAAUACCAAAACUGAAUUAG